GCCAAAGCUACCUUCUUUCACCACCUGCAGCAGCCACAACUGCUCUGAUUCAAAGAAAGCUGCCCAAGGUAGCUUGACAACACAUCGGGACUGAUUUCACUGCUUUUAAUUCUCCUCUCUCUGCUGCGAAAAAGAUACUUUACUCAAAAUAUCCCCCACUCGAUGUAUCGCUUCGACCAGAACGAAGCAGACAUGUAUAACUUCGCACGCGGUGGCCGCCGGCCGAUCGUCCAGCGAUUUGACGAAUACUACCGAUGCUACCCCAUGGUCAUGGCACCUGGUCCCGAGCGACCCGACCUCAACUACGGUUCCAAGAUCUUCCUGCCACCCUCCGCCCUCGACAAGGUCUCGAAGCUCCACGUGCAAUGGCCGUUGCUCAUGGAGAUUAUAAACGGCGAGAAGGGAAAGCACUCGCACGCUGGUGUGUUGGAAUUCGUCGCGGAGGAGGGCAGAGCAUACCUUCCCCACUGGAUGAUGCAAACCCUCUCGCUGGACGUCGGCGAUAUGAUCCAGAUCAAGACGACUUCCCUCGAGCUCGCCAAGCUAGUCAAGCUGCAGCCCCAAUCGACCAACUUCCUCGAUAUCAGCGAUCCCAAGGCCGUGCUGGAGAAGGCAUUUAGGAACUUCGCCGCACUCACCAAGGGUGACGUUUUCAACUUUGAGUACAAUGACGAGAUCUACCACGUGGCGGUUCUCGAGGUCAAGCCGGAGACGGAUAAGAUGGGAGUGUGCCUGAUCGAGACCGACGUCGAGGUCGACUUUGCGCCACCAGUCGGUUAUGUCGAGCCAGAGAGGCAACAGAAAGGCAGCGGAACCAGCACACCCAGAAGCGGCCGUGGUGGCCUCCCGGCCGGCGGCCUGCUCCACAGCCAAGGGUCCAUGGCCCAGUCCAUCAACUACGGCGCCAUCGCCCCCGGCGCGGCGACGACCAACUCCAAAUUCUACGGCGAGGGCCAGAAGCUAAGCAAGAAGGGCAGCAAGGCGUCGACGCCCAAGCCUGCGACUCCCGUGGCGGGUGCCUCAGCCAACCCGCCCGCUCUGCCAAUCCCGCGCCGGAACAACAACGGUCCCAUGCCGCUUCGCCUUCCGCCCAAUAAGCUCUUCUUCGGCUACGAGAUCAAACCGGUCAAGACUGACGACGAUAAGAAGCGCGAGUUGGAGGAGCAGAAGCGUCCGCACUUUGCGGGCCAGGGCCAGACACUUCGCGCCAAGCGCAAGGGUGAGGCCGAGGAGAAGGAGAAGGCUCCUGAGAAGAAGGGCCCUGCGGAGGGACGGAGAGUGGAUAGCCGUGGCCCGAAGCCUCGCGGCAUCGAGUGAGAUGGCAAUGUGCGGGUGCGAACAUAUCUGUGAUUUGGGAUGGAUCAAAUGGCGUUCAGGGGUAUGAUGGGUAAUUAUUCUGGGAGCAUGGUUCUAAUUACCAGGGCAGCAUCGUCUGGGACAGUCAAACGGUGAUUAGAUUCCCGAAAAUGAAG